AUCCCCUCGACCAAACAAAGCCUUAGAAAUCGCUAGUGGCAGUAGUUACCGACUUACCAUCAAUAAUUGAAACCAAAGUUUAGAAAAUCUUCCCAGUUUGAUUGGGUGUUUCAUAGCCACAUUGAUUGGAUUAGUGUCCAGAUUCAACAAACUUCAUCAUCUUUCUUAAUCCAAUCUCUAAUUCCGCAAUUGCCCAAUGAUCCCAUUAAUCAACUCCUAAAUCAACCAAUCCCCAAUUUCUCUCUCCUUAUUUUCAGUAUGCAAUUCGCGCAAUUUUCAAACUCCUACUAGUUCAUUUCAGCCGCCUUUAAAGUAAAAUUCCCAGAAACUUUUUGGGUAUUGAUUUAACAACAUUGAUGGAUUUUGGUAGGGAGAAGAAGAGCAAUGGCGCUUCAUCAUCCUCUUCCUCCAAUUGGUUUUCGCAUUUCUGGGAAUCAGCUCGCCGGAGUAAACCCCUCGCGCCAAAUUCUUCCGACGUGCAUACAAAUUCCGGCGACGGUCUUGUUCGACGGUUGGGAUUAUUGGAGCUCGUUCUAAUUGGGGUUGGUGCUUCGAUUGGCGCCGGAAUUUUCGUUGUUACUGGCACUGUUGCUCGUGAUGUUGGUCCAGCGGUGACACUGUGCUUCAUACUUGCUGGAGCAUCUUGUAUACUCAAUGCACUCUGUUAUGCUGAACUAUCUUCUCGUUUCCCUGCUGUUGUUGGAGGAGCAUAUCUGUAUACAUACUCCGCUUUCAACGAGCUCACUGCUUUCUUGGUGUUUGCACAACUGAUGCUCGACUACCACAUUGGGGCAGCUAGUAUUGCAAGGAGCUUGGCCAGCUAUGCUGUUGCUUUACUAGAACUGUUUCCCUCUAUCAAGGGAAAUAUUCCAAGCUGGAUAGGACAUGGUACUGAUGAUUUCUUAGGAGUUUUCUCGUUCAAUGCGUUAGCUCCUAUUCUCUUGUUCAUCCUUACAUUAGUUUUAUGUCGUGGUGUUGGAGAAUCUUCAAUCGUGAACUCAUUCAUGACUGUCACAAAGGUAGUCAUUGUGAUUGUUGUCAUUGUUUCUGGGGCUUUUAAGGUUGAUGUGUCGAAUUGGUCUCCUUUUGCUCCUAAUGGUUAUGGUGCAGUUUUAACUGGAGCAACUGUAGUAUUUUUUGCUUAUGUUGGAUUUGAUGCUGUUGCCAAUUCUGCUGAAGAAUCGAAAAACCCACAGAGGGAUUUGCCAUUGGGCAUUAUUGGAAGCCUUCUCAUCUGCAUAGGGUUAUAUAUUGGUGUUUGCUUGGUGAUCACUGGAAUGGUUCCUUACGAUCUUCUUGGUGAAGAUGCUCCAUUGGCCUCAGCGUUCACAUCCAAAGGCCUGAAAUUUGUCUCUGUUCUGAUCAGUAUUGGUGCUGUUGCUGGCCUAACAACUACUCUUCUGGUCGGACUCUAUGUUCAGUCUCGGUUAUACCUUGGCCUUGGAAGGGAUGGCUUAUUACCUAAAUUAUUUGCUAAAGUACAUCCAAAGCGGCACACUCCAGUUAAUUCUCAAAUCUGGGUAGGUCUUGUUGCUUCUGUCAUGGCAGGACUACUCAACGUGCACGUGCUUUCUCACAUUCUUUCAGUUGGGACAUUGACAGGCUAUUCUGUUGUGGCAGCCUGUGUUUUAUCUCUCCGGUUUGAAGAAAAAUCUCCUAGUCAAGCAUCAACCAGUCGGUUCUCUAAAUGGGCUGAAGGCGUAAUUUAUCUGGUUGUGUUGGCUUGCUGUGGAUUUGGAGCUGGAUUAACGUAUCGUUUUGGUGCUUCAUACUUCUUCUUGAUCAUACCAUUGGUCAUAGCUCUAGCUGCUUUAGUGGCUCUUUAUGUCCGUCAAGUAUAUUCAAAUCCUCCAGGGUUUUCCUGUCCAGCAGUCCCCUUCUUGCCAGCUCUCUGCAUUUUUUUCAAUAUGUUCUUGUUCGCUCAGCUGCAUUAUGAAGCAUGGGUGAGAUUUUUGGUUGUUAGUCUCAUUACACUUGGCAUAUACGCUUUCUAUGGGCAGUUUCAUGCAAAACCAAUUUCAGAUGAAACAAUUGUCUACCAUAGGACAUCUCCUGAAAGUCCACAUUCAAAGUAAAUUUUGUGAAGGCACAUAUACAUGAAUCAUGAUAGAGUAUAUCGUAUUCUUUUUGCGAUCAGAUACUGGUGUAUGCUAACCGGAGAAUUACCUGUUGAUUGGUCAGAGAGACAGAGGCUAUGCAGCAUUUAUUUCAGUAAUUUUGCUUGAAUUUUGUGAUAUUGAUGAACUAUUGUAUUAAAUGCCUGUACAUGCCCUUGUAAUUAACGAUUUCUCACGAGGUAUUUGUUUGACUCAAAGCUUCGAGAUCCCAGGCUGUUGCACAACUUAGUCCGAUAAAUCUUUGUUCCAAACAACAUCUUCUAAUAUUGUUCUCUCGUGCUCAUUCUC